CACUAUUAUAAGCUUCUUCCGAAAGUCCACAACGCAUGUUCUUUUGGGAAUAUAACGCAGAAGAACUCCACUGAAGAUUUCUUACUUGCAGUUCCUAAUUUUCUCGAGUGAACUAUCAUAAUCAUGUCUCAGUCUAAGUGGGAAGCUGAUAAAAUGUUGGAUGUGUACAUAUAUGAUUAUCUUAUGAAAAGGAAAUUGCAUGCUUCCGCAAAAGCAUUCCAAGCUGAAGGGAAAGUCUCUGCGGAUCCUGUUGCAAUUGAUGCACCUGGUGGCUUUCUUUUUGAAUGGUGGUCUGUCUUUUGGGACAUAUUUAUCGCUAGGACAGACGAGAAGCACUCAGAAGCAGCUGCAUCAUACAAUGAGACUCGAGAGCUGCAGCAGCAACAGCAACAGCAUCAGAAACCUCAGCAGCAUCAGCAGAUGCAAAUGCAACAGCUAUUUUUGCAAAGGCAUGCUCAUCAGCAGCAACAACAGCAGCAGCAGCAACCAAGAGAUGGGAACCAGCUUCCAAAUGGCAAUGCCAACGGUCUUGUAAGCAGUGACACUCUUAUGAGGUGGAACCCUGCAACUGCAAAUGCCGUGGCAACAAAAAUGUAUGAGCAAAGACUAAAGCUUCCACUCCAGAGGGAUGCCUUGGAUGAUGGAGCUGUGAAGCAAAGGUUGGGUGACAAUGUGGGACGGCUUCUGGAUCCAAAUCAUGCCUCAAUGCUGAAGGCAGCUGCAGCAGGUGGCCAACAUCCUGGGCAAACACUGCAUGGUACCCCUGGUAAUUCUGGGAAUCUUCAGCAAGUUCAAAAUCGGAGUCAGCAGCUUCCAGGGCAUAUGCAGGACAUAAAAAGUGAGAUGAAUUCAAUGAUGAAUCCCAUAACUGCCGGACCAGAUGGAACAUUGAUUGGAGUUCAGGGAGGAUUGAAUCAAGGCAGUAACAAUUUGACACUAAAAGGAUGGCCUUUGACGCAGCUCAGGUCUGGACUUCUUCAGCAGCAGAAAUCUUUGAUGCAGUCUCCUCAUUCUUUGAAUCAGCUUCAGCUGCAGCAGCAACUAAUGUGUCAGGCACAGCAAAACUUGGCAUCUCCAUCUGCUAAUGAUUUGGAAUGCAGAAGACUGAGAAUGCUUCUUAACAAUCGAAAUGUGGGCCUUGUAAAGGAUGGCCAGUUAGAUUCUGUAGGUGAUAUGGUUCCCAAUACUGGAUCGUCGGUGCAAGUUGGUUGCCCUGUGUUACCAUGGACAGACAAGGAACUGCUACUUAAGUUACAGCAGCAACAACUACAAAACAACAAUCAACAUAAGCAACACUAUCUGCAGCAUCCACUGUCUAGUCAACAAUCUCAGAGUUCAAACCACCACCUCCAGCAGCAAGAUAAAAUGAAUGGUGCUAUCAGCAUAACAACAGAUGGUGUCAUUCCAAACAACUUUCAAGGAAAUGAUCAGGCUCCAAAAAGUGAAAUUGGGCGAAAGAGAAAGCAGCCGGCAUCAUCUUCAGGUCCUGCCAAUAGCUCUGGAACCGCAAACACCACAGGACCAUCCCCAAGUUCACCUUCAUCCCCUUCUACUCACACACCAGGAGAUAUGAUUUCAAUGCCAAGUUUGCCCCAUAAUGGUGGUUCCUCCAAGUCUCUGCUUAUGUUUGGUUCUGAUGGCAUGGGCUCACUUAUGUCAGCAUCAAAUCAGUUGGCUGAUAUUGAUCAUUUUAUGGAUGAUGGAUCUUUGGAAGAUAAUGUUGAUUCAUUCUUAUCUCGUGACGAUGGUCAGUGUUCUGAUGUCAGCAAAGGCCUCACAAUUACGAAAAUACGGCUUAUCCCUGCAAGCACGAGUAAGGUAGAAUGUUGUCACUUCUCAUCAGAUGGAAAAUUGCUUGCUACUGGUGGGCACGAUAGAAAGGCUGUAUUGUGGUGCACAGAAUCCUUUGCAAUGAAGUCUACACUUGAAGAACAUUCUCAAUGGAUUACUGAUGUCCGUUUCAGUCCAAGCAUGUCACGGCUUGCUACAUGUUCAGCUGACAAAACUGUCAGGGUGUGGAACACCGAUAAUCCUGGUUAUUCACUUCGCACUUUUACGGGGCAUUCCACAGCCGUUUUGUCAUUGGACUUCCAUCCUUCUAAGGAGGACCUUCUCUGCUCUUGUGAUAAUAAUAGUGAGAUAAGAUAUUGGAGUAUCAAGAACGGAAGUUGUGCUGGUGUUUUCAAGGGUGGUGCAACCCAGAUGAGAUUUCAACCUCGUCUUGGAAGGCUUCUUGCUGCAGCCUCUGGAGAUCUUGUAACUGUGCUUGAUGUAGAGACUCAAGUUUGCAUGCUUAAAUUACAGGGCCACAAAAACCUUGUCCAUUCCGUAUGCUGGGAUCCUUCUGGUGAGUGCCUGGCAUCUGUGAGUGAUGACCUGGUUAGAGUUUGGACGGUUGGCUCUGGUAACAAAGGGGAAUGCAUUCAUGAGUUGAGGUCUACUGGCAACAAAUUUAAUACCUGUGUUUUCCAUCCUACUUAUCAUUCUCUGUUGGUCAUCGGAUGUUAUGAGACUCUGGAACUUUGGAACACAAGCGAAAACAAGACGACUUCUGUACAUGCGCACGACAAACUAAUCUCUGCCUUAGCAGUAUCAAGUGUGACAGGUCUGGUAGCUUCAGCUAGUCAUGACAAGUGUGUCAAGCUCUGGAAGUGACAGUUGCUUUUCCCCCAGACAAAAUUGGUAUACCUUCUCGGUUAUGUUUAUCCUGAGAUUCUUUAUCCAGAAAUACCUUCUCCUCUAUGUAUGCCUUCUUUAGAUGCUUUUGUGGCUUAUAUUUUGGCACAGUCUACUUAGCUAGGAAAGAAGAAUUUAGAUCUUUGAUCCAACUCCAAGAUAGCCGAAGGAAGUAAUCUUCUUGUAUCAAAACUGACUUUGUUAAUGUUACACACAAAAUCUGGUUGACAAUGUCCGACAUAAGUUUUGGUUGACACAGAAAAUGUAAAUGCUGUUUACAGAAUACUCGGCGUUUGUUGACAACUUCAGCAAUGUAUAGAAUGUCCACUUUAAAGUUUACCCUUUUGAAAAGCAUUACACAUGAUUGAGUUCC